AUGGCUGCAAGACAGUCGGGAGUUCUGGCGGGGCACCGGCAGCUAGUCGAGCUGGUGUUGGCUGCGGUGUUGACAGUCGACAUCGUCCUCAGUCAUCAGCUGUUGAGCACUUUUUCUGAUUUUAUUGUGGCGCUCAAGGAUGUUUCGGUUAGGAUACCACAGGCUGUUAAACGCGGCAGCAAUGCCUUGUUCACCUGUAAUUAUGAUAUGGAAAACGAUACGCUAUAUUCGGUGAAAUGGUAUAAAGGCAAACGUGAGUUUUAUCGCUAUACGCCAAAAGAGAAUCCCGCAAUGAAAGUGUUUGCCAUGACAAGUGGCCUUAAUGUCGAGCGUAACCUGUCGAAUCAAAGUCAUGUCGUGCUGCAGUCGGUGCCGCUGAAUAUUUCGGGCAAAUUUACAUGCGAAAUAUCCGUGGAGGCGCCCACAUUCCAAACGGCGAUGGUCUCCGGCGAAAUGGAGGUGGUGGAGUUACCGGAAGAGCACACAGUGGUUACCGGGAUACAGGCACGUUAUCGCAUUGGCGAUUUGGUCGACGGCAAUUGCUCAAUUAAAUACUCGAAACCGGCUGCUAAUUUGACAUGGACUAUUAAUGGUAUUGUGGUGCCGCCGCAUCAUAUCAAGACUUAUCAGAUUGAGAAACAAGCGAACAGCACUCUGGAAUCGGUGACAAGUGCCAUUCACUUUAUGGUAACCACACAGCAUUUUCUCAAGGGUCAGAUGAGGCUCAAAUGCACGGCCAACAUAUUUGAUAUAUUCAAAGAGGAAAUCGAAAGCAUCAUCGAAGAGGAUCGGCCCAGAAUUAUGGCAUCCGGCAGAUCGUACGAUAUCAAUAACUAUCCCCUGGACGAGCAUGGCAAUGGGCAUGGCGAUCGGGAACGUGGAGGCUAUGAGGAUCACAAUGAAUCGUAUUUGACGCACUUGGCGCCAGAUAACAGCGCGUCGGGCGCUUCAAGCGCUGCUCACGAAAUCUUCUGGCGCGUUUGGCCAUUCAAGCUUAUGGAGGCGCUGCCAUUUCAGCACAUAACAAAGCUUCACAGACACAUCAACAGGCAGCUUUCAAAGUGGGCGUGGCACUCAGCUAGAUGCGCCACAUGGCUUAGCGCAGCGAACGGCAUUGCGACGGCGACUGCAUUCGCACUGCCCCUCUGCCUGUGGGUGGGCCAUCAAAUUAACAACUGUCAAUACGCCAGCGACAAAGCAGCGACGCAACAGUCGGCUAGCGACGGCAGCGACGGCGGCGUCGCGCGUGUUGUCAAUGUGACAAUGUCAAAGGCAGCGUCGAGUGAGAGCGACAAAUGCUUUUAUAAUUGUCAAAUGGCAUUGGCAACACUUUCGGGCUGCCUGCAACGGAAUAACGGCAACGAUGAUGAUGAUGAUGAGGAUGAUGGUGUUGAUGAUGACGGCGAUAAUGACGAUGCUGGGAAUAUAGCAAGUGCUGCCGAGUCAGGCGUUGAUUUAACAGCAACUGCAGCAGCAGUGGAAGCACUAGAGCACCAACAUCAACAGCUGUCAGCGACACUUGCCAAAGUGGGCGCGGCCGCGCUGCCGGAUCAACGAUUAUUGAUGACUUGGCCGACGCUGGCUGCGGCUGCGGCAGCGGCAGCGGCAGCGACUUGCUGAUGCUGAAUUAAUGAUGAAAUGCAUUCCGGAAAGUAGCUUAAGGUGCUGCACAUUUCUCUUAACCAACACGCCAUAUUUGUUUCUUUCUCUUAUUUGUUUUCAUGCGCGAAGUAGCGCAAUAAUUAAUGCCCGAAGCAGAAAUAAACAAAUAUUAAUAAAUAUUUGCGCAGCAGUACGCCUUGGCACAAACAUACUUAAGAAUGAAAAAAAAGAGCAUGCAAAGAGAAGCUUAAAUAAUAUUAAAGAGGCAAAUUGUAAUUGAUAAGGAAAAGAGAAAUGUAAUAAACGUAAUUCAAGUAAAUAUUAUUAUUAUAAAAAAGAAUGUUUAUAUGUAUGCAACAUAUGUACGCAAAAACAAAAAACAGGUGAAGCUCAUUAAAAUAGCAUUAAUUAUUAUAAUAAUUAAAAAUCAUAAGUAUACAAAAUUAUAUAAUUAUGUAUGUAUAAAAUGACGUAGCAAUUAGUAUGCAAUAGGGAAAUUUAAGAGCUAAACUUACCCAGCAGCCAUUUCCCUCUAUCCCUGCCUUCGUAAUUUCCCUAACGCUGACCGCGCUGCUCACUUUCGUUAACAUCGCAAUAUACACAGCCUAAGCCGAUCCAAAAUCGACGUUGAGUGCGCUGCCUUUGGGCAGACAAAGUUGACAACAUAGCAAUAACAUUUGAAAAAAAAAAAAAUCACACACACUAACAAGACUAGGCUUUUUCUUCUCUCUUUCUUGCAUUACCGACGCUGACUGCGCUGCACAUGCGAACUGCGCUGCCUUUGCGCAAGGCUCACAACACAAUAGAGAUCAGAAUAUCACAGCAAAAAAAAAUCAAACAAAAAAAUCAUAAAUUAACUGUUCCCAAGGUCAGGGCUUUUCAUUUUCUUUCUUGCAUUACCGACGCUGACUGCGCUGCCAGCUGUACGCGCGCUUUCAGUAAUUUCUUACACACACACUACCGACGGGCGCGCGCGCGUUCUCCGUUACAUUGUGGACACACGCGAAACCGACGCACUUCGCACGACUGCGCAAAAGCAACUGGCAAUUCGAUAAAUUCCCAUGCACUAGUAAAGUGCCCAAAUGGGGAAUUUACGCUCUCGCUCUCCCUUUAUCGUUCUCCUAUCCUUCCACUCACUCUUUCAGUCUGUUGCUUAGAAAAAAAAAACACUUUUUUUAAAAACAAACAUUCGCUUCGCACUUUGGCUGCACAUUAGCACAUAAAUUAAAGGUAUUUAAAAACAACAAACACCUUAUUUGAAUUAAUUUUUUCUCUUAUUUUCCAACUCAAGGCAUUUUAUGUUGUUAGAAAAAACACUUUCUUUGGGCUGCAGGCUGCAUUGAAGGCAGGCUUAAUUGAAGAUAUUUAAAGAGAACAAAUAUACACAUAUUUGUAAGGCAGAACGUUAACUUAAGCCGCACACAAACGAAAGAGAACUGUGAAAAGCUUUUGCGGUCAGACUCUUAUCUGAUCUUCGACUUUGCACUUGAGCUUAGCUUUUAUAUAUCGCAGUGCAGUUUACAGAAGAGAAAGAGGAAACGAAAAAAGCUUCUCAUAUAAUUUCUAGUAGUUUGCGCAGUUAAUUUGUAAAUAAAGCUCUGCUAAACAUGAGAAUGGAGGAAAUAAAGAAAAUUUACAAAAUAUAUAUACAUACAUAUAUCUGUAUAUGUAAGCUGGUAUAAUAAUAACAAGAUUAUAUAGAAAGGAACUUUUUACGGUUUUGGAAGCAUGCAAAAUUAAUUAGAAAAAAAAAAACUUUUCAUUUGUAGACGCAAAAAAGGUGAAUAACAGCAAAUUCAAGGAAACGUUUAAACAAAAAUCUGUUUUAUUUCAGCAAACUAAAAAUAACAACAAAUUAUUUAACAUUUUUGGCAAACAAAAAUCCAACGGUAAAUAGUUCCUUUGCCUUAUAAAUGAAAUCGAUGUAACUGUAAUUUGGAAGCAUGGAAACGCCAAAUGUAAAUGAUAUAAAAGCUCUUGGGAAAUUAAUUCCAUAGAAAAAAGUUGGGAAUUUAAAAAGAAAAGAAAUAAAUAGAACUCCAGUAGGUAAUAAUAUGAAUAAUC